AUGACGCUGUAUUUGGAUCAUAUAGGAAGAUCUUGGAAGAAGAUUCUGCGCUGCGGUAAUACAACGUUGCCUUUCUCUGCUGUUGAUGCCGAUACUGUGCAGAACCUUGAACUUCUAGCUCCUACAUAUUCGGACAUCGACAAGAGCUUAGUAGUCGAUCUCAUGGAACGUGGGGAGAUAUUCUCCUCUCAACAGGACCGCGACAUACGAAAGAUUCUACUCGAGAACAUAUGUGCUUUUCCUGGCGUCAUCCGUUCGUUACGGACCUUUUUCGAAACGCAUAAAUACUUGGAGCCUCUUUGCGAGGCGCUCAGACAACUGCUGGGUGAACAGAUGAAACGUACUAUACGCUCAAGUUUCACCGGGCUCUUCUUCACUCCGAGCAAGAACAUGGUCCAAGUAAAUGAGACUGAGGACGUUGAAAUCCAGGUUGCGCUCAGCCAGCAAGAGGCCAUGAUGGUUGCGUAUACAGAACUGUGGGCAUUCUGUAGCCGCCACUUCGAUGGCUUAACAGCAUCCACACCCAGAAAGGAAACCGGAGAGCCAAAGCCUCUCGUAAAGGGACCCAAUCCGGUGGUCUGGCAACAUCUGGCGAGGUUUGCCUUGUCCCGAGGCUUUCGGAUAUCGCACGCGCAAGCUAUCACGAAAAAGCAGGAACACUACCAUGCACAGCUUGCUAUAGAUUACCUUCGGAAAGCAAAGCCAAUGUGUUCUGACUUCUCCGACGACCACGUCUAG